UCCCCCAAGGUCUCAGAACCAGGGAAGCUGUCACACUCAUCCUUUUGUUUUUUCAGAGGCAAGGAGAGAUUGAAUCAGCAGCAGGAAAAGGUGCUCAGGGUGGAAUCCAGGAAGCCGGCAGGAGGGUUCAGCUGUGCUCUCAGAGGAGAGUCGCAGACGUGCUGUGAAAACUGAGGCUCUCAAUUCCUGUGACAGUGGCUCCCAUCCCCUCCUCUGCCCUCUGCUGGUGACCACCAGUCUACUUUCUGUUUCUGAGUCUGACCCCAGUGGCUAUGGGGAGAUCAUCAGAGAGGAAUCUCAUGACUUUUCAGGUGACACAACUGGACAAAGAUCUGUUAGUGCAGUGGAACCCAGUGGUCACAAAGGCAGCCAUGGGGUUGCUGACUGGGGACGCACUGUACUCUGUGGCCGUGGCUCUGGCCAUCUUCCUGCUCCUGGUGGACCUGAUGCACCGGCGCCAACGCUGGGCUGCUCGAUACCCGCCAGGCCCUGUGCCUGUGCCCGGGCUGGGCAACCUGCUGCAGGUGGACUUCAAGAACAUGGCUUACUCAUGCUACAAGCUGCGACAUCAGUUUGGGGACGUGUUCAGCCUGCAGUUUGCCUGGACUCCAGUGGUUGUGGUCAAUGGUCUGGCAGCUAUGCGGGAGGCUCUGGUGAACGACAAAGAGGACACCUCAGAUCGGCCACCACUGGCCACCAAUGAACUAAUUGGCUUUGGACCAAAAGCCCAAGGGGUUAUUAGGGCACCCUAUGGACCUGUGUGGCGUGAGCAGCGGCGCUUCUGUGUGUCCACCCUGCGCAACUUCGGCCUGGGGAAGAAGUCUCUGGAGCAGUGGGUGACCGAGGAGGCCGCCUGUCUCUGUGAUGGUUUUGCCAGCCAUGCUGGACGGCCCUUUCGCCCCUACGGGCUGCUAAGCAAAGCUGUAUGCAACGUGAUCGCCUGCCUCGUGUAUGCACGACACUUUGAGUAUGAUGACCCAAGCUUUAUCAGGUUGCUGAGUUGUCUGGAAGCUGGCAUGAUGGAUGACAGUGUCUUCCUGGUUCAGGUAGUGAACUCAAUACCACUGCUCCUGCGCAUCCCAUGGGUGGCUGCCAAAGUCCUGCCUGCACAGAGGUCCUUCAUGGCUUUGAAUAAUGAGCUGUUGGCUGAGCACAACUCAGGCUGGGACCCAGACCAGCCUCCCCGAGAUCUGAUUGAUGCUUUCCUGAUGGAGGUGCUUAAGGCCAAGGGGAACUCUGAGAGCACCUUCAAUGAAGAGAACCUUCGUCUAGUCAUACUUGAGCUGUUUGCUGCAGGGAUGGUGACCACAUCAGUCACGAUGUCCUGGGCUCUGCUCCUCAUGAUCCUCCACUCAGAUGUGCAGUGCCGUGUGCAACAGGAGAUCGAUGAAGUAAUAGGACAGGGGAGACGCCCAGAGAUGGCGGACCAGGCCCGCAUGCCCUUCACCAACGCCGUGAUUCACGAGGUGCAGCGCUUUGCAGACAUCGUCCCAAUGGGUGUUCCCCACAUGACAUCUCGUGACACUGAGGUGCAGGGCUUCCUCAUCCCCAAGGGGACAACGCUCCUCACCAACCUGUCAUCAGUGCUGAAGGAUGAGACUGUCUGGGAGAAGCCCUUCCACUUCCACCCUGGACAUUUCCUGGACACUGAGGGCCGCUUUGUGAAACGUGAGGCCUUCAUGCCAUUCUCCGCAGGCCCCCGCAUAUGCCUCGGGGAGCCCCUGGCCCGCAUGGAGCUCUUUCUGUUCUUCACCUGCCUGCUGCAGCGCUUCAGCUUCUCGGUGCCUGAGGGGCAGCCCCGGCCCAGUGAGCGUGGUGUACCUGCCUUCAUAGUGUUUCCAUCCCCCUACCAGCUCUGUGCUGUGCCCCGCUAGAAGAGACACUAUGUUUCUUAUUUGUACCCUAAAUGGCAGAGUUCAUGUACAAUAAACCAGUCUUGUGACUGUCA